AAAAAAGUCCUGUUUUCGUUUAACAAUGGAAAAGGAUAAAAACGUGUCUAAUUUAUUGAAAUACAUGAUCUUAGAACAACAUGGAAAAAUCCAAGCAGAAUAUGUAUGGAUUGAUGGGUCAAAUGAGCUUCGAUCUAAGACAAUUACUUUAGACAAAAAACCUAAAAGUGUUUCGGAUCUUAUUGAAUGGUAUUUCGAUGGAUCGUCUAGUGGUCAAGCGUCAGGAAAUGAUUCAGACGUUUAUUUACGUCCUGUGGCGUUUUAUCCAGAUCCUAUACGACAAGGAGAUAAUAUUAUUGUAAUGGCAGAAUGCUGGAAUCCGGAUGGAACUCCGAAUGAAUACAAUUAUCGCUAUGCAUGUUCUAAACUUUCAGAGAAAUAUAUUAAACAUGAGCCAUGGUUUGGAAUUGAACAGGAAUACACCCUUUUAGAUAAAUAUGGAGCGCCAUAUGGAUGGCCAAGAGGAGGGUUUCCAGCGCCACAGGGUCCAUAUUAUUGUGGUGUUGGCACAGGAAAAGUUUAUUGUCGAAAAAUUGCAGAAGCACAUUAUCGAAUGUGUUUAUACGCAGGAAUUAAAAUAGCGGGAAUUAAUGCAGAAGUGAUGCCAUCGCAAUGGGAAUUUCAAAUUGGACCAUGUUUAGGUGUUACUAUAGGGGAUGAUCUUUGGAUUGCUAGGUAUCUUUUAGUUCGUAUUGCUGAAGAAUUCGAUGUUAAAAUAUCUUUUCACCCUAAACUUGUUAAGCAAUUUAAUGGUGCAGGAUGUCAUACAAAUUUCUCCUCUAUAGAAAUGAGAAAAGAAGGUGGCAUGGAACAUAUUUUAAAUGCUAUUUCGAAACUUAAAAAAAAACAUGAAGAACAUAUUAAAGUAUAUGGAGAAGAUAAUAAUCAACGUCUUAUAGGCAUUCACGAAACAGGGCAUAUUGAUCACUUUAGCUAUGGAAUUGCUGAUCGUACUGCAAGUAUUCGCAUUCCACGUAUAUGUGCAAAACAGGGUUAUGGAUAUUUUGAGGAUCGCCGACCUGCAUCGAAUAUUGAUCCAUACAGGGUCUCUAGUAUUAUAAUGGAAACAGUUUUUUCCGAUAACUAACUUUUAAAUAUGAAUAUUUAUUUUUAGUAUUAUAUCGUAAUACAAAAAAAGACAAAAAUCAUGGUUAUUAUUUUGUUAAAACUCAAUAAUUUAUUAAAGAAAAUUCUACC